GUAAGACAUCUCUAAUGGUAAAGUGUUUGAUAAAAUUAUAAUUAAUUGCAGAAUCUUCAUGCUCUGUAAAAGUCAGUAGAAAUCCUGUGACUUCAAGAUGUCAGGGAUCCGUCACUCUGCAGUAGAAUCAGCAAGCUUCAACCAUAAAGGAAAUAAACAGAAGAAAAAGGGCAAGCCCCCACCACCACCUGGCUCAGAAUCAGACCAGAGCAUAGACACAAAUAGCCUGUCUGCAGAUUCUCAGGAAGCUGGACGGUCACCAAACAGUUCUCACAAGUCAACAAGCAAGAAAGGAGAAUGGGAGAUUUUGGAAGGCUUGAAGGAAGGUCAGAGAUUUGAUCUGGUUCCUCGGAAAUUUGAAGGCUUCCUUCUUAAGCGACGGAAAUGGCCUCUGAAGGGAUGGCACAAGAGAUAUUUUGUGCUAGAGAAGAGUACUCUCAUCUACUCCAAGUCUGUGGCAGACUUGGCACGAGGGAAGGUUUUAGGAAAAAUGGACAUUGGCAUGUCUGUUAUAUCUACCAAAGCAAGACGGCGACGUAUUGACAUAGAUGCAGACACUCUUAUCUUUCAUUUAAAGUGUAAAUCACGUGAAGUAUACCUGCAGUGGGUAGAGCAAUUGAAACAACACCGUCUCCACAAGCAGCACCAGAUUCUUUAUAGUAAAGAUCAAGUAAAGCUUACUUCACCAACAUCACCAUCAGAUGACUCCCCAACAGAUCCUUUAGUACCUGGUGGACGAACAUCCCUGCCUGGUUCCUUACCUGGCUCCCAUCCUGGAACAAUGGGUCGUGAAGGCAAGUCCAACACUGGCACCACAUUGACUGGGGCUGCUGCGGGGGCAGGAACCCUUCGAUCAUGGCUAGUAGACAGCUCUGGAUUGGACCAGCUAACAAAGGAUAUGACUACCACACAACACCAUGUGCAGCAACUAGUCCGACUCCUUGAUAAUAUUGAACACCAGGAUGACAUGAGCCAUGGUGAGCCUGCAACUCCAUCAACCAAAUCCAGAAGAAAGUUCCGUUUGCGCAAACAUAAGUCAAGCAAGUCCACUGGUGGAGAAAUAGCCCUCAACACAAGCCCAGGGAAGGGUGCUCCAGACCAGGUUGAUGCUGUUAUGCCCUCAUUACAAGUGGAUGGGAAUUUGUGCGAGUUGCGUCCCCUCAGCAGCAGCAACCCAACAUUAGCACUCCACAAUGCACAUUGGCAUCCCUCUGCUUCCCGACCUCACAGCUAUUCUGAUACUUCAUCAGCUAUAGUUGGAGGUGUACAGCUUCCAAAUACACCUUCACCUACAUCUCAGCCUCACCAGACAACCCAUCCCCCAGCAAUCACUCUGUCAAUGGAGAGCUCUACAAGGGAAGACUUCACUAUUUUAGCAAAAGAAGUUGUGAGCCAGUUGGGGCAAUUACUGCGUGGAAUCCAGACAGAACGAGAAAAGCUGCGACAAGCUCUAGAAUCUGAGUCAAACUUAUUGGCGUCUCACAAUACCACAGCUAUUAUUGCUGCACUGAGGAAUAGUCUCAAUCAGGCACUCCAACAAAAUGCUGAGUUACGUGGCCGUCUAGCAAGGAUACAUGCAGAUUCUGACUUAUCUGAUAUCUCUGUUCCACCAUCAGUAUCAGAACUGCUUCAUAAGUCACUCCAUACAUCCUUGUCAUAUGAAAGCAGUUCAUGCUUUAGUGCAUCAGAAUAUUUUGAUGCUGCUGAUGCAUUCAGUGAUGCUGGAGGAACAGACACAAGUUCGGAGGCUUCUUCAGACAACAGUUCAUUCACAAGUGAAGCCAGUGAUGCUGGAACUGAUGCUCAUCCUAGUGCAGCAGAGAUUGAAGAGGAUGGGAAGUGCUUUACUGGAAGGAGGACCAGACUUCCAGCUCCUAAACCUCUCACAGAAGACUUUUCUGUUUGGAAUUUCCUUUACAAAAAUAUUGGAAAGGACUUGUCCAAAGUUAGCAUGCCAGUGACCCUUAAUGAGCCUCUGAACAUGCUGCAGAGGAUGUGUGAAGAAUUAGAAUACAGUGAAUUGUUAGAUAAGGCUGCAGGACUUGAGGAUCCUGGGGAUAGGAUGGUGUUAGUAGCUGCCUUUGCAGUGUCCGCUUAUGCUUCAUCCAUCUACCGUGCAGCUCAUAAACCAUUCAACCCUCUUUUAGGGGAGACUUAUGAAAGCAUCAGGGAAGACAAAGGCUUCAGAUUUGUGGCAGAACAGGUAAGCCAUCAUCCACCUGUGAGUGCAUGUUAUGCCAAGAGCUAUAACUUCACUUUUUGGCAAGAUGUGCGCAUCAAAACUAAGUUCUGGGGAAGAUCAUUGGAGUUUCAGCCUACAGGCAAGGUCCAUUUGGUGUUACGGGAGUUCCUGGACACUGGAAGUGAGGAUCACUACGAGUGGAACAAAGUAACAACCUGUGUUCACAACCUGUUUGGUGGAGGCCAGAGAUGGGUGGACCAGUAUGGGGAAAUGAUUAUCAGAAACACCACUAAUGGUUUGAUGUGCAAACUCUCUUUUGUGAGGGCGAGUUCUUGGUCAUCAAAGCGUCAUGAAGUUUUUGGAACUGUCACAGACAGUGAUGGUCAGGUGCUACACAAUCUGUUUGGAAAAUGGACUGAAGCCCUUUAUUGUGGCCAUGCCCCUUCUGCACGUGUGGUUUGGAGACCGGGAAGCAUGCCUGAAGAUUAUCACUUGUAUUAUGGUUUUACACGUUUUGCAAUAGAGCUCAAUGAAUUAGAUGAAGAUCAGGCAAAGUACUUACCUCCAACUGACACUAGAUUCAGGCCAGACCAGAGGUUGGUAGAGGAGGGAAACAUGAAUGCUGGGGAAACCAUGAAGACCCAACUGGAGCAGCAACAAAGGGAAAGGCGCAAACAGCGAGAAGAAGCAGGGGUUGAACAUGUGCCUAUGUGGUUCAGACGGGAAACUACAGCAGAGGGAGAAAAUUGGAUCUUUACUGGAGAGUACUGGAACAAACGCAAAGAACCAGGUUUUAUUAAUAUGACCUUUGAAAAGUUAUGGUGAUUAUUUUACAGAUAUCAAGUACCUAGGUUAUAAUGUCUCCAAAUUGAGGCUACUCUAGGGUUAUAAGUUAUGCCUUGUAGGACCUAAGAUAUGUUGUUACAGUUACUGGAAACAAGUAGGUCACUGUGAUGAUGUGUUAAGUAUUAACAUAGAUAUUCCAAAAGCAUAUAAAAUGAUUGAUAAUAAAGAAAAUAAUUCCAUUGGUAUAUGUAAUAUGACGCCAAAAAUGAAUUUGUUUUUGUGACUAAAGUAGUGGUUCUUAAUCUUUUUGAAUAGCAGCCCAAAAUUCUGUCCUGCCAAUUGAGGUAAUCCAUAUCCUUAACAAGCCCUUUUAUGUCAGAAUGCGUAACGACUGUAUAGAAUUUUGGAAUGGAUAAUGCAAAUGAUGAAACUAUUAAUAGCUAGUUUUAUUUUAUAAGGCACAGACAGUACAUAGCAACUCUAUAUCCAUGAAAUACAACAGCAACAUUUCUUAGGAGACAAAAUAUGCACUGAAAAAUAUGUAAUUUCCACAAAAUAGGAGAUUAGUCUUCAGUAUGUGCCUUUUGAGUUUGUGUUUCCAAUUUGUAGGGAGAAUUAUUAGCAGGUGAAACAGAUACAAUCCAGGUACAGGAAAAAUUGCAAUAAAUAUCUUAAUAAUUGAUUUGAAAAUCACUCGGAGCCAUUCAUAUAUCUUGGUGACCCAAUUUUAGGUCAUCAUCAGUAGGCUAAGCAACACUGCUAUAAAGGUAGCCUAUUAUCAGCUUGGUUCUUCCAAAAAUCUAAUUAAUGAAAUAGCUUUUUCAUUUAGCUUGUGAUAGUUUCAUUCCAGAGCUGUAGAAACAAGUAUUCAUAUCUAAGUAGGAGUCACAGGUGUUCAGUUCAGUCAGGUUGUUGUUAUAAUUGAUGUUUUUUAUGUCUUUUACCUUUUAUAGUAACAAAGGUUUGCUUGUCACUGUUCCUGAAUAAAGCUUCUAUGCAUGUAAUAGAAGUAGAUAUACAAGAAACAUUUCCUACUGAUUAAAAAAAUCAGAUGUCUUUAAGGUUCUAUAGUUCCAUAGUUAAUAUAUUAUGAGAACUCUUUUUUUUCCCUCACUGUCUCUUAAUUUCUCCUUCCCUCCCUUCCCCCACCCUCUCUCUCUCUCUCACUCAAUCACUCACUCUUUCACUCUCUCUUUUUUCAUUCACUAUUUCUUUCUCUCUCUCCCCCUCAUUCACUCUUUUACUCACUUUUUCAUUCUCUCUCCCUUUCUCUUCUCAUUCUCUGUCUCUCUCAAUUUUUCACUCACUUUCUCACUCACUCUAGCCUUUGGGCUAGUACAGUAGUAACAUGUUGGCCUCUCAUCUCUCUCUCUCUCUCUCUCUCUC